AUGGAGCUCAAAGACAUCGAACAAUCGUCCCACGACCGGGUUCGUCUGCAGCAAGAUCUCUGGGAGGUCGCCCAAAGCCCGUGGAAGACCGGCGUCUUACCAAAUCCCGAGGUUCUGUCCCGCGCGAGAGAAUCGCUCCCUCGCUCACUUCCUGCAGAUGGGAUCGGGUUUGACUCGGCCAAAAGACACAUUCUGGAUGACAUUGUGCCAGCAUUCAAUGGCAGCAGCAUCAGCCCUAAUUACUACGGCUUUGUCACUGGCGGGACCACGCCGGCUGCCUUGUUCGCAGACAAUGUAGUGUCCGUCUACGACCAGAACGUCCAGGUCCACCUCUCCGAGCAUUCCAUUGCUACAGACGUGGAGUCUGUCGCCUUAGGUCUCCUCGUUGAUCUGUUUAGACUAGAUCGAAAUGAAUGGCAUAAUGGCACUUUUACCACCGGGGCUACUGCAGCUAAUCUGCUUGGAUUGGCCUGUGGGCGCGAGUUUGCAGUUCGAGCUGCUGCAGACAAGAAGGGAAUUUCCAACCACAGCGUUGGCGAAUGGGGUCUGUUCGAAGUCAUGCAUGCGUCGGGUCUGUCUGGAUUGCAGGUUUUAACAACACUCCCUCAUUCGUCUAUCGGCAAAUCGGCGGGGAUUCUGGGAUUCGGCCGUGCCAAUGUAGUCAAUGUCUGCCGGGAUGGCAGCACCAAUCCCCUCGAAUUUGACCUUGAAAAGCUUGAACGCGAGCUAUCGAGACCAGACAAAGCAAGUAUCGUCGCCGUGUCUUGCGGAGAAGUGAAUACCGGUCGCUUCGCGACCGCGGGCACCAAGAUGCAAGAGCUUCGCGAUCUUUGCGACAAGUACGGCGCUUGGUUACAUGUUGAUGGCGCGUUUGGGUUGUUUGCGCGUGUUUUGGAUGAUAGUCCAGAAUUUGCUUCCAUCCGAGCUGGUUCUGAGGGGCUAGAACUGGCCGAUUCUAUCACUGGUGAUGGGCACAAAUUGCUGAACGUUCCUUAUGACUGUGGCUUCUUUCUUACGCGCCAUCGCAACGAAGCAGCCAAUGUGUUUACCAAUCCGAAUGCAGCGUAUCUCACCGGGGGUGCCGGCUUGUCCUCGAUUCCUUCCCCAUUGAACAUCGGCAUUGAGAACUCGAGACGCUUCAGAGCCUUGCCUGUGUACGCCACGCUUCUGUCAUAUGGUUCAGUGGGUUAUCGAUCUGUCCUUGAGAGGCAGAUUCGACUGGCUAGAGAGUUGUCGGCGUGGUUGUUGGACCACCCUGAGUAUAAUAUACUCCCCGAAACAAGCAGCAGGGAAGCUCAGCUGGAUCAAACAUUCAUGAUUGUUCUGUUCAGCGCUAAGCAAGAUGACCUGAACCAGAACCUCGCUUCAAGGAUAAACGCAACUUCGAAGAUGUUCGUUUCUGGGACGUCCUGGCAAGGAAGACCGGCUUGUCGAAUCGCCAUUUCGAACUGGCGAACUGAUGAGCAGCGUGAUUUUGAACUUGUUACUGGCGUUUUGGAUGAAGUGGCUAGACAAGCAUAA